AUGAAAAUCAGUACGUUGUGGAAUAUAGCUAUAUUCACAAUUUUACUUAGCAAAGUGGUGCAUAUUGCUUUGGUCAAAUUUGCACCCAGAAAGGAAAGGAAGAAAUUUUCGUCUUCCAUAUUAUGGAAAUUUUUUGAAACUACUGGAGAUGAAUAUAAAGGAAGAAUCCUUACCGAAGAAGAAGAGAAGAAUAUGGAUGAUUCUAUAGAGAAUUUUAUAAGAGAUAACAAUGUGAAUUAUUCGGACACUUUUGUUUCAUUAAUCAAUACCACAAUGCUCGAGGAUAUAGAUGUGAAUGGAACGGAAAUAACUGAAUCAAAACCUAUAAAAGAAGACACAGAAGAAGAGAAGAAGAAAAAAAAAAGAACCAGGAGGUAUAGAGCAUGUUGCAAAGUUUUAGGUCAUCCAUGCAAGAAACACAAUAAGAAGGGCAAAAAUGUGUUAACAAAAGAAAACGCACAAGCUACUACUGCAGAAGAAGGUAAUGAAAAAGUAGAAGAAAAACCCAUAAAGACAAGAAAAAGGACAACCCCAGUUGGAGAACCAACCAGAUUCAGUAAAAGGCUGCGUCGUAAGUAUCGAGGGAAAAGCUCAAGUGAGUCAGAAGAAAAUACAGCGAACACAGAAGAACCAGUUCUUGUUCCAAAAGUACCGACUCGUAAAUACGAAAAUAUUUUUUUAACUGAACCUACGAACGAAAUGGUAAAGGAGAAAAAUAUGAAACUUUUGGAAAUACAUUCAUAUAAAGUCAGAACUUCCAAUAAUUCAGAAAUUAAUAAACUUCAAGCUCCCGGGAUUAGUGACACAGAUUCAGAUGAUAAAGAAUUGGAUGAAAAGAAAACAUCAGAGGAGCCUAAUUUUCAAAUUGAAGAAAACAAACAUAACUUGCAGUAUGGUAUUAUUUUAAGUGAGGUAGGAUCUGAAAGAAAUAUAGAAAAUAAGGAUUCUCAAGGAGACAACGAUAAGGAGGAAUCUCAAGAAAAUUCAGAUAAGAAAGAUUCAGGUGGCUCAGAUAUUUCAUCGGAGUCCUCUCAUGAAGAAUGGAAGGAAACUGAAAAUGAAGAGAAGACAGAUUCAGACACAGAAACAUCUUCCGAAGCAUUGGAACAAGAAGAAUUGGAUGAAAAGAAAACAUCACUAGUGCCUAAUAUUCAAUUUAAACAAAACAGACUUAACUUGUGGUAUCUUAGUAAUUUUCGUGACGUAGGAUCUGAAGGAAAUAUAGAGAAUAAGGAUUCUCAAAAGGAUACACAUAAGGAAGAUUCAGGUAGCUUAAAGAAUUCAUCACAGUCCUCUUAUGAAAAAUGGAGAAACACUGAAAAUGAAGAAAACACAGAAUCAGAUUCAGACGGAGAAAAAUCUUCGGGAACAUCGGAAGAGGAAUUACAAAAUUUACAAUGGGAUUAA